AAAAUUUACUUAAUUUUCCUGCUUCUAAUUAAUCUUCCUUUGACUUAGAGCGAAAUAUUUACUAUAAUAGUUUUUGUUAGAAGGUUGUAAAAAAUGACUGUAGACGGCGAUGAAAAGCCGCCUAGGGACCGUGUGUUCAUGGACAUUUCCAUAGGGGGUUUGCCGUCCGGUCGCAUCGUAUUCGAGCUUUUCAACGAUGUAGCACCGAAAACGGCAGAAAAUUUUCGUGCAUUAUGUACUGGAGAAAAGGGGGUCGGCAAAAACACUGGAAAACCCUUAACUUACAAGGGCAUGGUGUUUCACCGGGUGGUUAAAGACUUUAUGAUACAAGGUGGGGACUUCACCAACGCCAAUGGAACCGGUGGAGAGUCUAUUUAUGGUGGAACUUUUGAAGAUGAAACUUUUGAGCUACAGCAUGACAUGCCAUACCUACUAUCAAUGGCGAAUCGUGGCAAGGACACUAACGGAUCUCAGUUCUUUAUAACAACACAGCCGGCGCCACAUCUCGACAAUGUGCACGUAGUAUUCGGUCAAGUUGUAAGCGGCGCGGCGCUGGUGCGGCAGCUGGAGGCGCUGCCGGUGGACCGCAACGCGCGCCCGCUGCAGGACGUCACCGUCGCCAACUGCGGCCAGCUCGUGCGGCUCAAACCCGGUAAAAAACGGAAGCAGGACAAGAAAUCCAAGUCGGAGAAGGAUGACAGCGAUGAAUCCGACCAUUCGGAGAAGAAAGAAAAGAAACGGAAGAAGGACAAAAAAGACAAGAAGAAGAAACGUGACCAAUCCACAUCGGGCGAGGACGAUGAAGAAGCCGCUGCUCACCCCUUAGUGAUGGUAUCCAAGAUAGAUCCUCGUGAGAUCCCUGAAGUGCCCUCGAACAGGUUCCUCAUGCGGGGCGGGCGGGACCCUGAGAAGGAUAGGGCGGAUCCUAGGAGGGAUAGAGAGAGGAUGAGGUAUCGCGAGAGAGACCGUCAUGCCUACACGCGUAGCGGCAGAAUCAUCAAAGGACGCGGCGUUUUUCGUUACCGCACGCCGUCGCGGUCACGGUCGCGGUCCCGCUCUGUAACACCACCCCACUGGCGGCAGGCCCAACGACGCAUUAUCAAGCUCUCAGAGCUCGAGCGUGCUGAGCCGGAGAGAGUGCAGCAGGAUCGCGGUCGGUCUAGACAUAUUGAAGUAUCACGGGAGGAUGAGGGUGGCACUCCGGAGCCUAUUGAGAAAGAGGAAGGCGAGUGUGAUACAACUCUCGAGACUUCCCGCCACGAGAAAGUUGAUUACAACGCUUUGGACUUCGAAGAAGAUAUCGAACAUGAGGACGAGGAGCGCGGGGCCGGAGCGCGGCGGCGCGCGCGCAGGCCCGAGCCCGAGUCGCGCGCGCAGCUGCUGGCGCGCGCGCUGGGCGUCGAGCCCAAGACCAACGACCGGGACCGCGACACCCGCGAGCUGCGCGCGGCCGCGGCGCGGCGCCGCGACGGCGUGCAGUCGGCCGUGUUCGCGGCGCCGCGGCUGGCCUCGGCCGUGGCGGGCGAGGGGCUGGGCGGCAACGCCCGGCCGCCGCGGCCCGCGCCCGACGACAAGCCCGACGGGUACGACCCCUUCACGAUGCUGCGCAGCACGUUCAGGAAGGACAAGGACUACAAGAAAGAUGAGCGUCCAGAUCAUGUCGAAAGCCGCUGGAAUAGAGACAAUAGAAACCGCGAUAAAGAAAGAGAUGAUAAGCGUGAUCGAUACAGAAACGACGGGCGGGACGACAAACAUGACCCUAAAAGAGACGAGAAAGAUUCCAAGUCUGAAAGAAAAGAUGACAACGAGAGAGAGAAAGAACGAUUUGGAAAACCUGACGAUAAGGCCGACCGUCGCGACGAGUCUAAAUUCGAUAGGAAACUCGAUAAAACUCCGGAACGCCGUGAAAAGUCCGGAGAAGGCCGUGAAAAAUCUGGAGAUAAGGGCGAUAAGUCACGAGAUAGACGUGAAAAGUCUUUAGGUAAAACUGAUAAAGAUAAGCGUGAUAAAUCUGAAGACAGAUAUGGUAAGAGAGAUAGACGUGACAAGUCCGGAGAUAGGCGCGAGAGGAGGGAUAGAUCUAAGGAUCGUGAAAAGUCACGAGAUAAACGCGAUAGAUCCAGAGAUAGACGUGACAAAUCUAGAGAUAGGCGUGAAAGGUCCGAUGACAGGGGUGAAAAUUCUAGAGAUAGGGAUGAAAAACGUAGGGAUGAUAAAAGCGUGAACAGGGACGAAGAUAGGGAUCGAAAAAGGAGGCGUUCCAGGUCUAAUUCAAGGUCGAGAUCGCCGAAGCCUCGCGAGAGGAAACGUUCAGGAAGUCCACAGAAGAGCACUGACAAAGGGGUGCAUGAUACUGAUAAAAAGAAGGAAGAAGCCCAAAGCGAUGCCCGCAAGGAACUGAUGGAGAUCGUACGCCUCAUCAAGUCCAGGCAGCGCGACCGCGAGAACAAAGCUGCAGAGGCUAAGAAGAAGCAGGAUUCGUCGGACAGCAACUCCGAGUCUGACGACGACCGGCGCAGACGCCGCCGCUCUAGCGACCGCGACCGCAGGAAGCGCAGCGACAGCCCACGGUGAGAUAAAUCAAGGUUUUAAAACCUUGACUUGACAGGUUAAGUUUAGACUGAAAACUCAAUCUAUUUCUGUGUUCAAACCCAGCAUAUAAUGCGUUUCAUAGUUUGUAUGCUUUUUUAUUCAUAAUUAUAAUCUUAAUACGCGAUAAUUUAAAAAACCUGAAAUACUUCUUAAGACAAUCGCUUUUGACAUUUUAAACACUUAACUUUUAAUUUUAUGUUAAAUACCCAAUUUACUGAUCUAUAAGGAACGUGGCAAAGUAAGCAACUGUAACAAAUUAUAGUCUGUCUUUUUUGAAGACAGAGAGCAAUGACAUUUGUAGGGUUGCCAGUUUUCAUAAAAUUUUAAAUGUAUAUGUAGUUGUUGUC